GCGCAGCGCGGCACUGUAUGGCUGCCGUGCUGGGAGUGACCGGCUGUGGCACAGCAGGCAUCGCGUUGGGAGUGGCGGACCGUGGUGCUGGAGGGCCCUACUAGCUCCCUCGCCUCUCGGCUCCCCUCACGUCUGCAUCUCCUCUGCUGAUAAACGAGCGGCUCUGGUCUCUGCCUACUGUGUCGGUCUACUAGUCUAGGAGCCCCUCCAUAGCUUCCCGGAGCAGUGAUGAGGCUACGCCGCCCAGGAGCCCCGAGACACACUUCAUCAGCCGCCAGGAAAGAUAUGGGACGCGGACCAUGCGUCAGAGGCUGCCAGGGCACAGCGCCUCGCUGCUGUGGCAGGUUCCUGCGCUCGGUUCCAGUGCUGUAAGCGCUCCGUGUUACGCUCCCCCGCGCCGCAGCAGGGCUCACGGCGCCAGACCGCUGCGGACCAGCGCUGCCCGGGCCCAACCGCCUGCAGUGCGCAUGCGCUGUGCCCCCAAGGCAGCCCUGAGCCAGUGCGCCCAGCCCCGAAACCUGGAUGGGGGCAUGCGGGCGGCUGAGGCGCGGCGGCGAGCUCCGGCACUAUGCGGGUUGCGGGGCGGAGAGAGCGGGGCCUGGGUGCUGGUGCAUGGCGGUCAGGCGGCGGAUUCGGCUCCGCUGCGUUUCCUCAGGUGAAAAGCUGAUUUAAGGGCAAGUCACCUGAACCUGGAGAUGCAACCACAGCUUAUGUCAAUCAGGUGACGGUUCAGAAAGCACUUGCUCCUUGGGGGAAGAGGCCAGCUCCUUCCUGGCUCCAACCUCCUAUCCAGGCCUUGGCUCCACCAAGGUCUCCUGCAAGCCUGAUGUUAGGGAAGUGUGGAUAGAAGUAAAGGUGUCUGUGAACAUGUCCAGCAACCCUCUGAGCUGGGAAGAAGAGCCCUCAGCUGGCUGCCUCAGCCUGACCACUGCCCUGGGGCAGCUUCUGGGUAAUGCUGACACAGAGAGCACCAUGGAGUCGUUUUGGCUGGGAAAGCCCAGCUGGGAACCCAACAGCAGCGCAAGCUCCCAGCUGUGGGGCAUUUAUUUUUAGGCUGUACCUGCAGAGCUGGCACAGGGAGGGAUUUGUUCAGGCAAGGAACAGGCAGAACCCAGGAGGGCUGCAGGGGGCUGGAUCUCUGCUCACCUGCCUUGUGACGACUGAUCCCAAACCCAGCAGGGCUGGAGCUUCUCAGAAGGCACAGUUCGAGUUCCCAACAUUUAACUCUCAGAAGAGGAAGCUGCAGGUUGAGGCCAGGAGAGGAUUUCUCUCUGAGAGAGCCUUUGAUCUCUAGGCCGAGCCGAGAGGCUUCCCUCUCCUCUGUGAGCCCUGUAUUGUCCUCCCCUGCUCCCUCCCGCUCUGCCCCUGGGGAGGGAGAAGCCCAGAGCCCGGGGCCUGAGGUGCGGGGCCGCGCCGGGCGCUGGCCGCUGGGCUCCUCCGGGGUGCGCCCAAGCAGGUGGCGCUGCUGCUCCGCGCGGCCGGCGGCUUCCUGCAACCGGAUCCUCGGCCCCGCCGGAGCCGCCUCUGCCCCCGCCGCCUGCCGCCAUGGACCUGCGAGCGGAGCUGCUCAAGUCCAUCUGGUACGCGUUCACCGCCCUGGACGUGGAGAAAAGCGGAAAGGUCUCCAAAUCCCAGCUCAAGGUGCUGUCCCACAACCUGUACACGGUGCUGUGCAUCCCCCACGAUCCUGUGGCGCUGGAGGAGCAUUUCCGUGACGAUGACGACGGGCCCGUGUCCAGCCAGGGCUACAUGCCCUACCUCAGCAAGUACAUCCUGGACAAGGUGGAGGAGGGAGCUUUUGUCAAAGAGCACUUCGAUGAGCUCUGCUGGACCCUGACAGCCAAGAAGAAUUACAAGGCUGAUCGGAACGGGAACAGUGUCGUGUCCCACCAAGAUGCCUUCAAGCUCUGGUGUCUCUUCAACUUUCUGUCCGAAGACAAAUACCCUCUGGUCAUGGUGCCAGAUGAGGUGGAAUACCUGCUGAAAAAGAUCUGCACAGCCAUGAAUGUGGAGCUGAACUCUUGUGAGCUGGAAGAUUACCUGUGCCAGGAGCCACAGGGGCGAGGGGGGGGGCUGACCGUCUGGCAGUUCCUGGAUAUGGUGAACUCGGGGCGGUUCCUGCGGGGCAUCGAGCAGGAGGCCAUCAGCAUGGCUGUGGAGGAGGUGUACCAGGAGGUCAUUGAGGAUGUGCUCAAACAGGCUACCUCUGGAAGAAAAGGCCAGCUGAGGAGUGAACUGUCGGAGCGCUGGUUCAUGCUGAAGCCCAGUGUCCUUUCCUACUACAUGAGUGAGGAGCGGAAGGAGAAGAAGGGCAGCAUAGCGCUGGACAAUCACUGCUGCGUGGAGGUGCUGCCCGACCAGCGACCGGGCAAGCGCUGCCGUUCUGCGUGGAAGACCGCGACCCGCACCUACGAGAUGAGCGCCUCCGACACGCGGCAGCGCCAGGAGUGGACGCUCGCCAUACAGACGGCGAUCCGGCUGCAGGCCGAGGGCAAGAGGUCCCUGCACAAAGAGCUGAAGCAGAAACGCCGGGAGCUGCGGGAGCAGCGGGAGCAGCGCAAGGCGGCCAAGGAGGAGGAGAUGCAGCGGCUCAAGCAGCUGCAGGAGGAGAAGGAGAGGAAGCUGCAGGAGCUGGAGCUGCUCAAGGAGGCCCCGCAGGCAGAGAUAUUACUGCAAGAGGAGGAGCAAAGGCGCAGGCAGCAGCAUGAGGAGAUGCGAGGAACCCUAGAGAUCCAGCUGCGGGAGGCUGAGCAGGCUCGGGCCUCCAUGCAGGCAGAGAUGGUACUGAAGGAAGCGGAGGCCGAGCGGCAGCGCAGGCGCAUCCUGGAGCUGGAGGACAUGCAGCAGCGGCUGCAGGAGGCCCUGCAGCAGGAGGUGAAGGCACGGCAGGACGAGGAGGCGGUGAGAUACGCACAGGCCAGGCUACUGGCUGAGGAAGAGGAGAAGUUGAAGCAGCUGAUGAAGCUGAAGGAGGAGCAAGAAGAAUAUAUCAUCAAAACUCAGCGGGAGAAGCAAGUCCUCAAGCAGGAGAUGGAGAACAAGAACAAGUGCCUGGAAGAGGCACAGAAGCAGCUGGAAGAAGUGAGAGUGAACAGGCAGAGGGUGGACCAAGAUGUCAUGGCAGCCCAGCGGAAGCUGCACCAAGCCAGCACCAACGUCAAGCACUGAACGUGCAGAUGAGGCCGCAUGAUGCACCCCAUCGGGCCAGGAGACAAGCGCACUGUGAGCAGAGGAGCCUUCCCUGGCUACCAGCCCCUCCUGUCCCGACAAGAUUCCUCCCUCAGACUCAAGCAGAAGGUGGAGGAUAAAGGCAGCGACCCCACAAGGGACAACAGCAAGGAAAAUGUGAGCAAUGGUGGGGACAGCAGCAUGCCACCAUCUCCAGACGCAGACACCAAGGCUGCAGAGCCCACCACCUAGCCUGUCAGGAUGGCAGAGCCCAGCAGGGACCGCUGGGACCCAGCACGUCCUGCUGGGCACACACAGUCCCCUCUGUAUGGGGACAAGUGGGGACUAGUACAGAGCCCAGAAGUGACUACAUGCAAGGCAGAGAUGCUCCUGUUCCUUCAGGGAAGGGCUGCAGUCACGAUGUGCCUGGAGGCUCAGACAGCCCAGUCCUGGGCUGAAAGCAGCAGGGCCUCCUCCUCUGGGGCUGUGCUGGUGUGGGACGUGGACUCCACUCUCCAGUCUGGUGCCUAAAAAAAGUGCCACUGGUGGCUCUGGUCAGCACUGCCCAGGGCUUCAGUUCCCCCUUGGUUUCCAGCAAUGCUUUUGUAUCACCUGCUGUUCCCUGGGUGCUGCCAGGGGCACCCUGGUAGACUGAGUGGUGCCCGAGAAAGGCUGGAGUGGCCUCCUGCACUCCCUGAAGGUGGUGAUUGGUCACUGAUGUCACCUAGAUUUUAGCAGAAACCCACAAUCAAUAAAGCUUUUGGAGCCCCUGGCCUGCA